AUGUUUGCCUUGGUCAACAAGCACAAGCCAUGGAUUGAGACCUCAUAUCAUGGAGUCAUCACUGAGAAUAAUGACACAGUCAUUUUGGACCCACCCCUUGUAGCCCUGGAUAAAGAUGCACCAGUCCCUUUUGCAGGGGAAAUCUGUGCAUUCAAGAUCCACGGCCAAGAGCUGCCCUUUGAGGCUGUGGUGCUCAACAAGACAUCCGGGGAAGGCCGGCUCCGUGCCAAGAGCCCCAUCGACUGUGAGCUCCAGAAGGAGUACACAUUCAUUAUUCAAGCCUAUGACUGUGGCGCCGGGCCCCGGGAGACGGCCUGGAAGAAGUCACACAAGGCCGUGGUCCAUAUCCAGGUGAAGGAUGUCAAUGAGUUUGCUCCCACCUUCAAGGAGCCAGCCUACAAGGUUGUCGUGACCGAGGGCAAGAUCUACGACAGCAUCCUGCAGGUGGAGGCCAUCGACGAGGACUGCUCUCCCCAGUACAGCCAGAUUUGCAACUAUGAAAUCAUCACAACUGAUGUGCCUUUUGCCAUCGAUAGAAAUGGCAAUAUCAGGAAUACCGAGAAGCUGAACUACGACAAGCAACACCAGUAUGAGAUCCUGGUGACCGCCUAUGACUGUGGGCAGAAGCCCGCUGCCCAGGACACCCUCGUGCAGGUGGACGUGAAGCCAGUCUGCAAGCCCGGAUGGCAAGAUUGGAGCAAAAGGAUUGAGUAUCAGCCUGGUUCAGGCAGUAUGCCCCUGUUCCCCAGCAUCCACCUGGAGACCUGCGAGGGGCCCGUGUCCUCCAUCCAGAUCACCACAGAGCUGCAGACCAACUACAUCGGGAAGGGCUGUGACCGGGAGACCUACUCGGAGAAAUCCCUGCAGAAAUUAUGUGGAGCCUCCUCUGGCAUCAUCGACCUCUUGCCACCUCCCAGUGCUGCCACCAACUGGACUGCGGGACUGCUGGUGGACAGCAGUGAAAUGAUCUUCAAGUUUGACGGCAAGCAGGGUGCCAAGAUCCCAGAUGGGAUUGUGCCCAAGAACCUGACGGACCAGUUCACCAUCACCAUGUGGAUGAAACAUGGCCCCAGCCCCGGGGUGAGAGCUGAGAAAGAAACCAUUCUCUGCAACUCAGAUAAAACAGAAAUGAACCGGCAUCACUACGCCCUGUACGUGCACAACUGCCGCCUUGUCUUCCUCUUGCGGAAGGACUUUGACCAGGCAGACACCUUCCGACCUGCAGAGUUCCACUGGAAGCUAGACCAGAUUUGUGACAAGGAGUGGCAUUACUAUGUCAUCAAUGUGGAGUUUCCUGCGGUUUCCUUAUACAUGGAUGGAGCAACAUAUGAACCAUACCUGGUGACCAACGAUUGGCCCAUCCAUCCAUCUCACAUAGCCAUGCAACUUACAGUUGGCGCUUGUUGGCAAGGAGGAGAAGUCACCAAGCCACGGUUCGCUCAGUUCUUCCAUGGCAGCCUGGCCAGUCUCACCAUCCGCCCGGGCAAAACGGAGAGUCAGAAGGUGAUUUCCUGCUUACAGGCCUGCAAGGAAGGGCUCGAUAUUAAUUCCUUGGAAAGCCUCGGCCAAGGAAUAAAGUAUCAUUUCAACCCCUCGCAGUCCAUCCUAGUGAUGGAAGGUGACGACAUCGGGAACAUCAACCGUGCCCUCCAGAAGGUCUCCUACAUCAACUCCAGGCAGUUCCCAACAGCGGGUGUGAGGCACCUGAAAGUCUCUUCCAAAGUCCAGUGCUUUGGAGAAGAUGUGUGCAUUAGCAUCCCCGACGUGGAUGCCUAUGUGAUGGUUCUGCAGGCCGUCGAACCCCAGAUCACUCUCCGCGGCACAGACCGCUUCUGGAGACCUGCCUCCCAGUUUGAAAGUGCCGAGGGGGUGGUCCUCUUCCCUGAUAUCAAGAUCGUGAGCACCUUCACCAAAGCCGAGCCCCCCCAGGACUUGAAAACUACAGCUCCCAAAUCUGCUGUCUUAGAAGAAAUGCUUCACAACUUAGAUUUCUGUGACAUUCUGGUGCUUGGAGGGGACUUGGACCCAAGACAGGAGUGCCUGGAGCUCAACCACAGCGAGCUCCACCAGCGACACCUGGACGCCACCAACUCCACCAUAGGCUACUCCAUCUACGGUGUGGGAUCCAUGAGCCGCUAUGAGCAGGUGCUGCAUCACAUCCGCUACCGCAACUGGCAUCCAGCUUCUCUCGAGGCCCGGAGGUUCCGGAUCAAGUGCUCUGAACUCAAUGGACGCUACACCAGCAAUGAGUUUAAUGUGGAGGUCAGCGUGCUCCAUGAAGUCAGAGUCUCAGACAAGGAGCAGGUCAACCACCUGAUCGUUCAGCCACCUUUCCUCCACUCCGUCCAUCAUCCGGAGCCCCGGAGCAGCCUCCAGCGCAGUUCAGUGGUCCCAAGCAUUGCCACGGUGGUCAUCAUCAUCUCCGUGUGCAUGCUCGUGUUUGUCGUGGCCAUGGGCGUGUACCGGGUCCGGAUUGCCCACCAGCACUUCACUCAGGAGACAGAGGCUGCUAAGGAGGCCGAGAUGGAUUGGGACGACUCUGCACUGACCAUUACAGUCAACCCCAUGGAGAAGCAUGAAGCACCAGGGCAUGCAGAAGAGGAGACUGAGGAAGAGGAAGAGGAGGAAGAAGUAGAGGAAGACAUAAGCUCCAGCAGCAGCGACUCAGAUGACAGUGAAGAGGAAGAGGAGGAGGACACGAUGGGCAGAGGCAGACAUGGGCAGAGUGGCUCCAGGCAAGCCCAGCUGGAGUGGGAUGACUCCACCCUCCCCUAUUAGUGCUCCAGCGGUCCUCCACCCAGCCCAUGUGUCCCUUUGUAACCUCCAGCCCCGUGUAUGCCUGAGUCUAUCACACCUCGCCUCUAAUUUCUCUGGCAGGUCUGGGAAGGCCUUCUGCAGCUUCCUGGGACCCACCCUUUACUCCUUGAGCACUCCCAUGUCCCAGCCAUGGGGCAGUUCCAAGAAGCUCAGUGUCAUCAUCAGUGGGAGCUCUAGGAUAGACUUUGUCCUGUAGCCCCCACUUCUGUCCUGGGCUCACCCAGCAGCCUAUCAGCCAAUCUGCGGAGUUCUGCCUUUGCUAUGCUCUGCAGAGGAGAAUGUCAGUCUCUAUGUUGCUCACCUCCCCCCAGGCUCAGUGUUCCCAAGGCCCUUAGCUUCCAGCCCACUGUGCGUGCACCUGACUAAAUUGUCUCUCCACACAGACCAGCAGGUUCUCCUUAUGUUGACUCUCCAGGUUGCUUCCUACAGAGAGGGUGGUUGAACUUCACACCUAAGGUCUUAUCACUUACCACUUGAAGGGAGUUCUUGUUGAGGCAGAAUUAAAUUCAUACACACACACACACACACACACACACACACACACACACACACACACACACACACACCAGUUUGGAGAGCCUUUCCCUUUGCUCCUUUCUGAGGCCACAUGUGCUUAUACGGAAAGUCAGAAGCCAAGGGUAGGUCUUUGUCCACAGGCAGGGCCUGUUCUACUGCCAAAGCCCUCUGAGUCUGCCUGCCUGGUCAGUCCCUGAGAUCUGUGUGGUGGCCCAGUGGGGGCUUCUGGCCAUGUGAGAACACAGGAUCCAGGAAGCAGCACACAGGCACUGCCCCAGCAACAGCCUCGACAAGCCUCAAACGGAGGGCUGACAAUGCAACAGAGCUGGGCUUCACAGUGGAAACAGGAGUGGCCAUGGCAGGGCUCUCUCCCAGGCUGGACAGGCAACCCCAAAGUGGGCAGGACUCCUCACCACCUGGUCUAAUUGUCCUUUAUCUCCUGGUUCACACUGGUUUUUUUUUUUCCCCUCUUGAGAAAAUAGCAUUCCUCUCGGAUAUAUUAGCACAAGCAUGGACUGCUCUGAGUCUAAAAUGAAAGUUUGGAAAUUGAACUGCUAGGAAUUAGAAUCAUAUCUGCAAUAAUAAUAGCUGCUUCUUUCUUCUCGUAAAAGGAACAAAGCUUUAGGUGAAGGGUAAAUAUAUCCGAAAACCUGAUUUCCUUCUUUCUUUCUUCUUUUUUAAUAAGGAAAUCUUUUCCAUCUCUGGUCCUAACCUGGACACCUUGUGAUGAGGAUUGUUGCUAUAGCAACCAGUGUGUGAUCUUUUGUGGCCAACAGAAUCACAGGCAAGAUUUAAGGCUGUUGUAGGACUUCUGUGAGGCUCUGAGAUCAUCUUUGUUUCAGAUGUCUGGGGUUCCUGUUUGUCCUCAGUAUGUACAAUUUGCCCUCAUCCUUCCAUUCUGUCGCCAGCCCUUCUCCAUAUUGACUUGGCACAUAAUCCCUAGUCACAGUGGCAUUUGGAUUCAAAAGAAAGUUUGGAAUCUGUUCAUUUAAUUCCUUGUGUCAGCCAAACAAAAAGAGCUUCAGAAGGGGGAGAGUCUUUGAUGUCAUCUGGUCUGACCCUCACCCAGCGAAGAUCCAUGGCAGGUCUUUGCAAACUUCUGAUUUGGUAGGCUUUUCCAUCUCCUAAAGUAUGUUUUGCAACUGUUCCCCUCACCAUAAUCCACUGAGGUAAUUGAGGUAUCUGUUGUUAGACACAUUUUUGUGAGGAGUAAACUGAGGUUUAGAGAUUCAGUGUCUUUCUCAGAGCCAUUCAGAGGCACAGACAAUACUGUGCUCCCCUCUCCCACCCUGAUGUGACUUAUUUGCAUAUUAUGCACCUAACAGGCAUUGCUGAGGACCUACUAAGUGCUGAGCACUCUACCAGCAGCCAUGGUAAAGGGAUAAAGCCGAAAAUAUAAGCUUCCUCCCUUCAGAGGAGUUUACAGUUGUAGAAGGGAAACAAGUUGCCAUAGAAAUUAUGCAAGAGAUAAAUGGAGGAGGAGGUGAGAAGUCACAGGGAGAAGAGGGACAUGUGCACAAACUCAACGGAUGCUCUUAGUUUUCACCUCUUAGGGAAAAAUAUCAGAAGAGGUUUGGGAUUUUAUAUUCAGAGACUAGAAAUAGACACUUCUGUGAGUUCUCCCAACAAAAUAGCAUUUUUCUAUCAGUCUGUGUCUGUACCUCUACAAAAAGAAAAUCUGUAGAACUGAGUAGUCCUCACAGUCCCCUUAUUUAAAAAAAAAAAAGUGAUUCUUCAAUUGGGCAUUUAAAAGCUAACUGAAUUCUUCAGAAAUGAUGGCAGUAAAAUGGACCCUUUAUAUGUUUCAAACCAAUUCUUGGUGAAUUGGAUUUUGAUUUAAAUAUUUAAGUCUAGCAGUUAAGAGAGCACUUUUCCCUCUGCUAAGUCUGUUGGGUUGAGUUGGGGAACACAUCCUCAGGCCUUUUGGCUAAUGUGGUCGAGUGAGCUGUUUGGAGCACUGUGAAAUCUUUUUAUAUUUGGGAAAUUUUUUGGAGGGGCAAAUAUGCAUCAUUUGAGGGGGCCUUUAGUGACUGGAUUUAUUUAUAGAGCCACAAUGGUGACACCACAUCAGAAAGAGCUCUUUCCCUCAAGUUCUGCUGUGAGGGGUCCUGCUCUGCAUGUCAGCUCCCAAUAGGAGGCACUUGAACCAUUCUGUGGGGUCAACAGGCACUUAUCAUGUUCCCAACACCCUACUCAUCACCAUGGGUGAGAACAAGAUGGAGGUGGUUAUAUAAAAGAAACAGAAGCUUCAGGGAGUAGCCAUGUGCGUGGUGGUAACAUCACUUGCCUUCACUGACCACGAAUGAAAAAUGUCAUUAAUCAGCCCAGCAUUUUCCAGCCUCCAUAUGGCUGGCAUCCUGUAACCAAAAUUCCCAGAUGGCCCCAGGAAACCUGUGACCUCUCGUCCAGACAUCAGCAGUCAAGCAGAUGCAGGCUCAUCCCCAGAAGGAACAGCUGACCAGUUUGGCCAUGGGCCAAGCCAUUACUUGUCUUGCCAAGUGGAGUGGACUAACAGAUUCUGUUAUCCAGAGCUUGAAAAUAAGCUGAAACCUCUCAGGUGGCUCAGAUGACAGAGAGGAGGAGGAAGAGAAGGUCAAGAUUGGAAAAGGACAGUAUAGAACAAGUUGCUCCAGUGGAAUAAAGCAGUCAACUAGUUGGUGACCUGUCUUAAAGAAUACUAAAAGUAUAUUCUAGUAAAUUUAAUCAAAUGCUUAUCUCUCUCUAUCGCUCUGACCAUAGUCCAAAUUCAUUCUUGGACUCAUUCAGUUAUCCUAUCAAGCAGAGUUUAGACCAAAUAUCCUUGUGUUCAACAAAGGCUGUACCUCCAGCGAGAGGGCUGCUGGUGGGAAGUCGUGCCCUCUGUUCCUACGUAUCGGAUCAGCAAGUUGAUCUGUAAAGGGCUGGACAGUAUACAUUUUCAGCUUUGUGGGCCAUAUGGUCUCUGUCACAAGUACUCAACUCUGCCGUUGUGGCACGAAAGCAGCCCCAGACCAUAUGCAAAUGAGUGAAUGUGGCCGUGUUCCAAUAAAACUUUGUCGUUGGACAUUGAAAAUGCAGGAAAUUUGAAUUCAUACCAUUUUCACAUGGCACGAAAUUUUAUUCUUUUUAUUUAUUUUUAAUCAUUUAAAAAUGUUGAAACCUUUCUUAGACCACAGGCCGUAGAAAAACUAGCAGCCAGCCAUAUUUGGCCCGUGGGCCACAGUUUGCCGGCCCCUGCCAUACGGGGCACUGGGAGCAGCCUUCCAUUUGCUAGGAGAAAGCAAACUGCCUUAUUAGACUCUCCCAUCAAGUGCCCAGGGGUCUUUGCCUCUAAACUGAACAACACAAAACCUGCACAGUCCUUACACUCUUUCAAAGGGCCGUAUUCCUAGGGUUUGGGGGAAGGGUGAACAAAAAAAUACUUGUUACUUAUUGAAUUGACUCAAACUCAGACAAACGUGGUUCAAGAGUUGAAAGGCUUGGAUCCAGGAAACUGACUAAUCAUUGAGCCUAACUCCACUGAGCCAAGUGCUAACUAACUCCCCAGGCUCAGUUCCUCUCCAGCACUGCUGAGCCCAUAAUGAUUUCUAAGCAGGAGUGUUCAUUAUCUCAGACUGAUUUUCAUUUCAGCCCUGGUCAUGCCUGUGCUCUAAAAAUGAUUCUAAAGACUUGUGACUUAUUUGAAUCAAUAGCAACAUAAUCAGAAGAAAGCCUGACCCAGUACACUUUAAAAUUAGCAGUCUUCAUGGCUCUUUUGAGUCAAUAUUAGCAAGAGCAAGAAAAACAGGACUUUUUCUUUACAUUCCUCCAUUUUAAUUAACCAAAUAGGUUUUGCAAAAAAAAGUGGGGGAGUGGAUCUAAUUCUUUGAAAGAGUUAUACAAAUGAAAAGUACAUGAUUUUCAGAUAAGAUCAUCUUUAGGCCUUUUGGGACUCCCCAAAGCCUCCAGCGGUGUGCUCUGAAAGGCUGUGGAUUCUCUAGCUGCACCAGACAUUUAUUGAGGCUGACAAGCCAAAGCCCUUGGCACAAUUUAAUUUUCAUGUAACCAUUUUCUGUUGUCCAGAUAGGCUAAGGAAAUGAGCAAUGAAAGUUUUGAAGUCUACUCCAGCAUUCUCAUUUCCCUGUCUUUAUUUGCUUUACUUUAUGAAUUUAUUCUGUACCUGUUCCAUAGAUCUUGCGCUAGUUUUCAUUUGGGCACCAACUAGUUGUCUUUAUAAGGGCUAUGGAUUAGGAGCCAAGCUUGAUUCUGUCCUAGGUAGACAGACAGAGACAGAAAAAGUUACCUCCACCAGCAGCCCAGAAAGCAAUCAAACGUCCCCUGUAUGCAGUCAGUGAACAGAUGGGAAUGUGUGUUUCCAGCAAUGUUCCAUGUAAUUCAGCAAAUCCUCAUUGAGCACCCAUGGAGGUCAGGCCCUGGGCCAGGAACAGGGGAAGGGAGGAUGAAUGAGGCCCGGCCUUGCCCAUGAGGAUCUCUGGGUCUCGUGAGCUAUUGGGAUGUUUGCUUUGCAGUGUUGAAGGUCGUCUAGGAGAGUCAGGACUGUAGGAGACAGAAGUUUGGGGUUGGGGGAGGUAGGAUAAGUAGCCUUGGUAGUUCUCCAGCCUGUCAGGUGGUAGGUGCAAUUCUGGAGGCCUUACACACAUUGCUGAGGCAGCCUGAAAAGCCAAGGAGCUCUCUAGGGAAGUGGACAACGCUUCCCUAAAUGUUCCUUGGUAAAACCCAGGCCUGGCUCAGAUCACUUACGGAUGAAAGCCAGUCACCCUGACUAUCCAGCAGAAAUGAUGUGGCUGAUAGCUGAGAUUCAGUACAACCAGGCCAGAGGAAGUUUGUUAGUAUGAAUAGUAGCCAGCCAGACCCUGAAAGUUGGGAAGAAGAAUCCAAGUACAGGGGAUAGUGUGAGCCAAGGCCCAAAGUCAUGAAGUGGCCUGACGUGGGGGGAGACCCCCUGGGGCCCUGGGGACCUGCUGCAGUUCACAUGAUGUGGCAGAACAGGGGCUCUCGCACCGUGGUCCCUGCACCAUCAGAAUCUGCUGAGCACCUGGGAGCUUAUUAGAAAUGCAAAUCCUCAGGCCCACCCAAAACCUACUGAAUCAGAUACUUUGGGGGGUUAGGCCCAGCAAUCUCCUUUUAACAAGUGCUCUGAUUAUGAUGCCCACUCAAGUUUGAGAACCGCUGAUGUAGACAAUGAGAAUGAAUUGAGCUGUCUAUAUGGGAGGAGCUGACUACUAACUAACAAGGUAAAUAAUCAGUUACUAGUAUGGUGAUGAGAGGGGGCCUGAAGCAGAUGGCCCAACCCCUCCUUGCCCCCACCCGCACCCCAGGGCCCUCCAGGCUCCAGUUCACACUCACACCCAAUAGCAGUUCCACUCCUCCCCCCAGGCAGGAGCCAUUUCCUGCCACCAGGAGCCCUUUCAUCCUGGGGAGACUCAGAACCCUGGAGAAGCUGUAGUGAGGCCACCCACCCCUAGGGAGGCCUCCUUCUAAGUUUCUGUAAGCUGAGCAGCCUCCUCAAGGGCUGCACUUCAUGGGAAACCACUAAACUGCAGCAGUGACCCUGGAUCUUUGGGAAAACUGAUGUCCAUGCAGCUUCCUUAGCAGUGGAAUGGCCCAGGCCCAGAAGACAGCUGAACACAGUCAUUUAAGGACACCACCAGUUACUGCAGCGUGCUCCGUGUGUAAUGAGACUGGGGCAUGCAGUGUCAUAAUGCAAACACUAGAUUGGAUGAGGAAUAAACAGCUUUUCUUAAAAGGGCAGUAACUCAUUCUGGAUGUUGCUAAAAGUAGAAACCAAAGACCAAAAACAAACCCACAGCCUUACCUACACACUGAUCUCUGCGCAUUUAGGAUAUCUGAUUUCUAAGGCACAUCGAGGUGCCGGGCUCCACACAUGUCCCUUCCCCACCUACCAGAUGUCUGAGGUCCUCUGAUCAUUGAUUUAGGUUUUUUUUUUAAUUUAUUUAUUUAAAGCCUAAUCUCUGAUGAAGGUCCACAAACCUUUGGGAGAAACUAGUUGGCACUUUGUAGUCAUUUACACUGAAAUAUGGUGCAGAAUCUGUCCUCAUCGAAGGAUUUUUGAGAUUGGGAGCCAGAGGGCCAGGGUGGUGGGCUUGGGGUGGAAGGACAGAGGAAGAAGAGAUGGGGAGGAUCCCAGACAUGUAGCCUAGAAGAACUAGCUCCUGCUAUUUAGCUCCUAAGAUCCGCAAAGCCCUCCUGCUCAGAGAUACACUCACAGCCCCCAACAGUCUCCUCGCUGUGUCCUUCCAAUUGCUCUAACGGAAGCUCGUUUAUCCAGCCCACCUUGGAGGAGGGUUAAAUGCCCACUUGAUUCUCAUUAAAUGUCCAACCAGUCUCCUCAGACCAGCACAGAGAUCAUGUUGAGAAUAACCCAUCUCUAGCAAAUUAGAAUACACUAACGUGUAUAUAUGUGGCUUGCUGAGACAGCCUGGGGAAAGCCACAUAGGCCCAAAAGGGGAAGGUAAAGUGCUUCUCCAUUUCCUGUACAUCCAGAAGAGUUUUUCUUUAAAGCAUGGGCUCUCCAUAAAUUCUCUGAUGACACAUUUCUGUCCUAAGACCUUAGAGCAAUUUAUGUUUCCUUUACGUUAGUCAUUUAUUACAAAAUCCUCCUGUGGGACAAAGGGACAAGGAAUGGAUUGUCAGGAAGUAGACGGAGAGGUAUUUGGUGGUUCUGAAAACAGGAUUGGCUCUGUUCCCUUUGGCAGGGUUUGUGUUGGCUCAGGCAAAACUGGGAGAAAUUAUGCCUUGAUGGUCAGGAGCUCAGAUCCACCCAGGACACAGGUGGAGUAAGUGAGUCGGGGCAUCUAUUGGGAAGACUGGACAUAGAUGAGGUAAACAGGAUGACUCACUGGGCAGGCCAUAUCAGCCUUUUACACUUGUCAGAAAUAUCGAUGAGGUGGGGAAGGGUUGUGCCUGACAGAACGACGUCACAAAACCAGGCAGGGGUGUCUACUGGCUCCUGCUAGAACAGUUCCUCCCACUCUGAGGUGCAAAGAAGAGCUGGUACCUCUGGACCAUUGAGGCAGCCCAUCUCCAGAGGCAGGGCCCCACCCCAUAGGAACUCUCCGUUGGAUAAAAUGGAACCACGGUACUCAGGUCCCAGGAACUUGAUGGGGUGCCUGAUUAGGGCCCUGGAAAACAUGGUGGUGUGCGCCUAGUAGGAAUCCCCAACUUGUGCCUCCUCUGCUGUCACAGGCCACCUCCUCAGUGCAAGAAGAGUAAUGUAUCUAUCCCGGCACCCUAAGUGCCUUGCACUGCACCUGGCCCAUGGCGUGUGUUCAAUGAGGGUUGAAUUGAAUGAAUUCCAGAGAUCACUUGAUCUCAAUGAAUGGACUUGGUUUGAGAAAUGAAGAUGCCCUAGAGAUGAAGGAUUCCUUCAUCUUUGAGAGAGGAUAACAUCCCUGCUGCCCAAAUGGAAAAAGGACAAAAGUUGGGUUGUUUGGAGUAUAGCCCUUUCCUCAAGCAAGGAGCAAGUGUAGAUGGGCCUUGAUGUGCCCUCCUUACUCCAGGACAGAUGACGGGCAGCGUCAGGACUCAGGAGAGAAAGCCCUAAUUUGUUAAUGACCUCAGCCCUCUGCUGCUCUCCAGUCCCUUUAAUCAAAUUUACUGCAGAGAAGAUUCAUCAAGAUGAAGCUCAAUUCUCAAAAGACUAAUGAAAAGAGGGCAGCAGACAUGAGAAGAGCCAAAAUGCAGACGGUGUUUAUUAAUCACAGGCAACAGAAACAUGUUGGCUUUAAUGUCUGUUUACUCUUACCUUGGAAUGAAAAUGCAUCUCUGCUGCCCACUUUUUUUCUUAGCAUUUCAGAAAAGAAAUGGGACAUACAUGCACAGAGAAAUGUUGAAGGUUCUUCUCCCCAGCGGAAAGAGCUAUCAGACGUGAGCCCACAAGUUGUGUCUAUUUGCAGAAGCAGAGAAUCAAGGCACAAGUCUCAGCUACAGAUCCUAGAACCCCUGUGGGAAAGGGAGGGGCAGGGAUGAAGAGGCAGCAUUGGCCAUCGGGAAGGGUUCAUUAGGGCCUCUGUGAUGAGGGAUUCUUCUUCCACUUCUGAAGACAAAAUCAUGUCCAUCUUGGUCUGUGUCACACACCAGGACCUGGCCUUACAAGGCUAUGUGGGAUUUAGAAAAGAUUGGGCUCAUUUUCACUAGCCAUACCUCAGGUGGUGGCAAUAAAGCAAAAACUUAUUUAGGGAUACCCAGGGCAGAUCACUCAAAAAGGAAGAGAAGAGAUAUGGGGGAAAUAUGAUUCUGAGUCAGAGAGGAAACAGGUAAAGUUGAGCAGGAGGGAUAGUAGCACGGACAACCCCUCACCCAGGAAGCCAGAGCAUUGCUCUACAUUUAAAUCUGUGUGCAACUUUCAAAAAUUAUGGCAUAGUCUGGCCAUGUGACCAUAGAUGUGAUUUAAUCAAUGGCUUCCAAAGUCAGAGCUGUUCAAAAGGUGAUUUCUGUUCUUAAUUGAACUAGCUGCGAUGGAUCAGGUCAACAGCCCACCUGACUGCUUCCAGCCUCACCUCAGUGGCUUCCUGAAAGGGUUGUUGAUGCCCUGAGCUGGACAGCUUUGUCAGGAGAUUGAAUAAAACCAAUUGGUAAGUUUAGAAAAGAAAUAGAAUAUAUAAGCAGGUUGUUUGCAAAGAAAUCUGCAGGUAAUAGAGUUGGAUUUGUUAUGUCAUUGGCAUGGAUAUUAUGAUGUUGGUAGGGAAGAGAGUCAGAAUGAUUUGGUGGGACAUUAGUUGGGGAGAUUAUUUAGUGUAUUAAGUAGAAAUUAUCUGAGAUAAGUAGGCUAAGGACAGCAGAUAAAUACCAUACAUAUAUGUAAACCAAAGUCAUAUACGUAUCUAUAAUACAGAAAGAGUAGAGAAUGAAGAUGCCGAUGGUCCCAACACAUUUUAAAUUUCUUAGAAGCAUUUGUUUGAAUAUUACACUUUAUCUUGUUGUUGUUUACUUUUAACCCUCAAAGCUAGUUGGGCAUAUUGUAGGAGUUUGAUAAAUAUUUGGAAAUUGAAGCACCAGCUUGUCACUACCUUUUAGGCACCCAGUACUAGCACCUCACCCCUAAAUUAAAUGAUGUACACACAAUUUCAGCCACCUCCCCUCCAUAGACAAUCACAACCUGGCUGAGGAGAACCUUCGGGAAUUCACACCUGGGUGCAAUAGGAAGGCAGCUGCAGGCACUGGGCCUGGCUCUCUGGUAGUGAGCAGUGACGGGGUGUUGCACAUAGUGGGUUUGCACAUGCUUAGAGCCCAGCUGCAUAAUACCCAAUGAGGGAACAGGUCCGGGGCCUCCCCUCCCAUUGCCCCUGUCUGAUGUUGAAUCUUGCCACCUCCAGGCCCAAUACUGAAACUAAAUAAUAAGGUUAUGGGUUCAGCCAGUCUAAAUGGCUUAGUGAUUUCUCCUCUCAGCCCUUCCUUCUGCCCUAUCUGGAGAUGCUGCCACCAUUUAGAAGUCUUACCCACUGCUUAUUCCCAGUUGCUCAGUCACAGUGCAUGUGGAAAGGUCUGAGAUAAACAAGUGAGCUCUCCUCAGGGCCUCUGAGGGGUUGGCACAGCAGCAGUGCAAGGAAGGAGGGGCAGCAUCAGUUUACAGACGCCCCCUCAAGCCCUCUGUCACUGUCUGGGCAGCUCUCUCCAAGCUGACCACAAAUGUCUCCUGUUUCACCUCGAGCAAUGGGCCAAUGUAUACCUGACCUGUCAGAUCUCUGAGCUCUUGGAGCUAUCUCAAAGAAUGAAUCUUUUUAAGUCUAGAAAACAUUGUUUAUUUGCUAAGUAUAUAGUUGUGAGAGAGUGAGAUACUAUGCAUACCUUGGAAUAUCUCAUUAUAAGGACUAUACACGUUUAUAGAAAAUUGAGUCUGAUUUCAGCAAAGCGCAUUAUCAUCAUACUCAAAGAACAAGGUUGCCCCAUUUGCAAAGGAUCAGAGAAAAUGCCUUUCCCCUCCCUGACACCUCCUCUCACCAGCCCCUCCUCUUCCCAACUGAGCUGUCAUAUCCGAUCCAGACCAACCUUAGUGAGGUUCACUAAGAGUCUAUAUGUAUAUAAAAGUAUAGGAAGAAACUCAGAGCCAUGAUGGGAAUCGUCGAGCUUCUUCCCGUGACUGCGAUCUUACCCAUGUUUGAAUCACAAACGAAAUUUCUAACAAGAUCCUUGCGGUUUCCAAGUAAUUUGUUAAAUGCCUAUUCAACACAGAUAGAUAUUUAUUUUCAGCCUCGGCUUGUAAAUGCCUACAAACUGAUUCAUGUUGGUGGUCAUUCUGACACUUUCUGUGAAUUGGUGAAUAAAUAUGAUUUUAGAAUUUCACAGUAAAGAUGACUCCUGAGAGUUUCAUUCCCUGGGACUCUGUCCAAAUUCCACGCUUGGGGAAGAGAGGGGCGUGGGGAAUGAGGGGUGGUGACUUGGCGAGGUGGCCCCUAUCAGGCCUAGAUGAGGGCACCCGUUACACCCACGGCCAAACUUGUCAGCAUUGUUACUGGAGACAGGUGCAAAGACAACCCCAAUAAUGCUGGGCAUUUUUUUGAGCACCUUCAAAGCACUGGAGCUCUAAGAGUAUGGUCUUAAUUAAACCUUGAAAUAGGUAGUUUUUAUAUUAAACACAAAAAAGAUGAGGCCAGGAAGGGUAAGGGGGUGGCCUGAGGACAAGUGAGAUUUGAACACAGCCCUGCCUCGUAGCCUGUUCCCUCCUGCUCCUCCACACUGACCUCACACCAGAUGCCACCCAGGGCCUCCUCGCCCCUUGAGGCCCACUGAGGACUGACUUCCACUCUAUCCAGAGCCCCUUCCCCAGGAUUCUUCAAGCUCUUGGGAGGGACUCACAUUUUUGUUGCUAGUGCUGCUUCUCCCCCCUCCCUUUUUCCCUCCCAUACCGUAGACCCAGGGGUUAACCCCUAGCUUUUGCUUGGUUUCCAAAGUGAAGGAGGGGAAAUUCAAACAAAAUUUUAUUGGAAUUACUGGAGUCAGGGAAAGGAGUCACCCUUGCACAUCAUACAGGAAUCAGCUGGAUAUCAUGGUAGGCAUUCUUGAUUAUAAAACUCCUCUUGGCCACCCUCCCCCAGCCCGGGGCCAUCCUUCCCCUGACCCCCCUGCUCCCAUCUCUCUGUUUCCCUCUUGGAAGUAAAAAACAAGUUCCUUCCCUUUUUUCUCCUUGAAGAGCACUUUCAUCAUCUUUUCUUCAUUGCCUGAUGUUCUGCCAAAAUCCAUGCCCAUCGUCCUAUCCCAAGCAGGUCUUCUCACAAAUAUAGUCAUUCACACUGUAAGAGGACUUCUUUCACCAGAUGUUAAGACAGCAUGUUUAUCACAGUGAACUGUAUUUUUUUCUUUUUCAUCUCAGAAUGUCAGCAGUAUAAGAAGGCUUUGUCUGUCUAGGGGUCCUUCCGUGCUUUACCUUGGCAAGGUCUGUACACACACACACACACACACACACACACACACACACCUAUCCUUGGGGUUCUCUGGAGCCCAAUGUACUAGCUCACUACCAGAUCUCUGAGAGUUAUUGUCACUCCCUUAUUCCCAGAACAAUCUGGGCCCAUGUUCUUGCUGUCUGAUAAUCAAAUUCUUCACUUUCAUUCUGUGCCUACCCCUCUAGUCUCUUUCUGAAGCAUCCCUUCAUCCCUCAGCCACCACGGCUGUCUGCUCCCUGGCUUCCCUCUCUCUGAGUCUAUACACUCCUGAGGCUGACACUGCUAAAACUCCUCUGGGAGGUGUUCUCCCAGCCAACAAGCUACGGAGGCUUCUGGCCACUUCCAAAACAAGGGCCCUGAAGCUCUAGGGGUUCCCCAGUCCCUUAAGGCAAAAAAAAUGGGUUGCAUUGUAUUCUUAACCUGAAAAAGUCCUGGUUUGUCUGGCUUGAAUAGAGGGCCUCAUAUUAGGUUGACUAAUAGAAGAUCCAUGAAAAGAACUUACAAACAGCAAACAACCUUUCUUUACAGACCACUAAACUAUGAAUGAAAGUUCCUGCAGAGGUUUCAUUUCAAUCAUAUAUAUGUGUCUGUGUUUGUACUGUGUUAUGGGAUAUAGCAAGGGCUAGAAUAAUAAUUAUUAAACUGAACUGAAUUAAACCUCAAA